GCGGUGUGCGGCGACCGUUAGACACCAUAUUUCACAAAUCAUAGUUUAUCGAGAGUAUCGAGUGAAACAAUGGACAAUCGUUAUGUUUUGCGUUACUUAUUCGUCUAUGCCGAGAAUAUAAUGUGUCGUAUCUGCAAUAAGACUGAAGACACUCAUGUAAAGAGGCAUUUGAUCAAUUUGCAUUGACGCAAAAUCGUAGAAAUAAAGUGAUCGAUGGGAGAACCGUGAAUUAGCUUGCGGUAACGAAUAUUUCGGGAGAAUGAAGCAAGCAACGAGAAACUGGCUGACUGAAGACGUAAAGCGGCAAUCGAUCAACUUGCAUUCACGCAAAAUCGUAGAAAUGGAGCGGUCGACAGGAGAGCAGUAAAUUAACUUGCAAUAAACAAAUAUUUCGGGAGAAUGAAGCAACCGACGAGAAGCCGGUGAAUCAGCUGGAGGACUUGGAACCUCGCGAGGAUGCGGGACCGGCUCUCGUGGUACAUGGUCUUCCUGAUCCUGCCGACAAUCCUCUUGGCCAGAUCGCUCGAUAAAGAUCGACGCGUACCCUACAACAUACCAUCGGACUGGAGGGCCCUCUGGUUCAGCAAUCUCGACGAGCUACAAAGAGUAAGCGAAGCGAACGACAACAACACCGUUUCCAAUGUCACGGUGCAAUUGGGUGGCACCGCCUUCCUCCACUGCAAAGUUCGCAAUUUGGCGGACAGGACCGUUUCCGAUGCUGAGAUAUCGUGGAUUCGGCGACGUGACUUUCACGUCUUAACAAGCUCUAUGUUCACAUACACGAACGACGAGCGAUUUCAAGUGCUGCAUCCCGAGGGCUCUGACGAUUGGACCCUUCAAAUAAAAUACGUCCAAGAGAGAGACAACGGGACGUACGAGUGUCAGGUCUCGAGAAGUACAGGGAUACUGUCACACUUUGUCAAUCUACAUAUAGUGAUACCAGAGGCGUUUAUAUUAGGAAGCGACGAGCAUCACGUCGACGUAGGAUCUAUCAUAAAUCUCGUAUGCAUAAUAGAGAAG